AUGAUGUUUGGCCUUAGGAACGCAGCUCAGACGUUCCAAAGAUUCAUAGAUGAGGUGUUUCAAGGAUUAGAUUUCACAUUUGGAUAUCUUGAUGACAUAUUAAUAUUCUCUCAUUCGGAAGAAGAGCACAUGGAACACCUCAAGACACUUUUCCGCCGACUCAAAAAGUACGGAGUACUCAUAAAUACUUCUAAAAGUAUACUAGGUGUCAAAGAAGUAGACUUUUUGGGUUACCACAUUUCAGUGCAGGAAACUUGUCCAAUGGAGACGAAGGUAGUAGCGAUCAAAGAAUUUCCAUUACCCAAAACAACUAGAGAACUCCGAAGAUUCCUCGGUAUGCUGAACUAUUACUGUAGGUGUUUGAAGGAUGCAGCAAGUACUCAAGCUCCUCUUCUUGAUGCAUUAUGUGGCAGAAAUAUUAAAGGCUCCAAACCUGUUAUCAUGACCCCCGAGAUGCUGAAGGCAUUCGAAGAUUGUAAAUCCUCACUGUCUGAUGCCACCAUGCUACCACAUCCAAAUCCUCACGCAGAAUUAUCACUUUACACUGACGCAUCUGUUAAAGCCAUAGGAGCCGUCCUACAGCAAAAAGUGAAAAACUGCUGGGAAACUCUAGCGUUUUUCUCCCGAAAACUUACGUCAGCACAGAAGAAAUACAGUCCAUAUGACAGAGAACUACUGGCAAUAUACGAAUCUAUCAAAUACUUCCGUUUUAUGGUCGAAGCCAGGCAUUUUACGGUGUACACCGACCACAAACCAAUUACCUUUGCAUUUGUCACAAAAAGAGACAACUUUUCUCCACGCCAACACCGAUACUUAAGCUUCAUAUCUCAAUUUACCACGGAGAUCAAGCACGUGUCAGGCUGUGAUAACACUGUUGCUGAUGCGUUGUCACGAAUUGAGACUAUAUCUGAAAUACUUAAUUAUGAAGAUCUUGCAAACGAUCAGAACUCAGACCCUGAACUGCAGGAUCUAAUUAACAAGGGAACAACGCUUCGAUUAGAAAAGAUCAAGUCACCCGAAGCUACGAUAUAUUGUGAUAUAUCUACACAUACUCCGAGGCCAUAUAUUACUCCACGAUUCAGAAGACAAGUCUUCUCCCAAAUGCACAACCUUAGUCAUCCCGGAGCUUCAACCACAGCAAAACUCGUCUCCGAAAGAUUCGUGUGA